CAGUGCAAAAGAGUUCUCUAAGACAAACGCAGAGCAAAAAACUGAGCGUCUUUGUUCGUCGUACACAUUCCAACAAGCAGCUUCAACACCCUCAGAGCCAAUCAGCAUCAAAGAUCGAGGAAGAGCCGGUUAACUUGCUUGAUUUUGAAGAAAAAUGGAGGGUCACGGAGAUAGAGGGUCUUCGACAUUGCAGUCCCGUUUGUCACCUUUAGCUCCGCCCUUCAAUCCCCAACCCACUUUGAAUUUGUUGGCCAAUUCAUGCCAGCAACCUCUUACUGCUUCACUAGACCAUUCCCAGAGUUCUGACCCUUCUUUUUCCUCGCUCGAUUCCUUUUCUGAUCUCAAGUUGGAUGCUUUUCAAAAUUAUGGCCAUCAGUCCGAUAUGGAAGUCACGGAUUUGCCAUAUGAUAAUCCCUCUGGCUUUGAUUUUGAUACGCAACUACGUAAUUAUUCGCAGUACCCAUCAUUAGCAUUGGAAGGAAAUAGCAUGUUUGCUCUCCCUUAUGAGUCAGACUUUGAUGCCAUGCCAUUAACCAAGUCCUCAAUGCCUAAUCUCACCCACAACCUGUCGGGUUUUGGCUAUGUUGGCCAAGGGGCUGAUGGUGGUGAUGGGCCAUCCAAUGUGGAACAGGACAAGAGGAGGGAUCAUCAAUUCUCCCGGAAGGAAGGUUCAAGACCAUAUGAGAGCUUUCUAAAACAAGGAAAGCAUCCUGCUGAAGGGUUGAAGCCUAGCGGUGAAUUUUCUAAUUAUAUGCAUGAAAAAUUAAAUGGUACGAUCAUAGGAGGAGAUAGUCAAAUCAAAUCUAGGGGCACUGAGGGAGUAAAUUCUGAAUCUUUUCCAGAUUCUCAGGUCACCUCUUUGAAAUUUUCAACAUCAUCAGAUAUUUGCUCUGCUGCAACAAUUCAAAACAUUCCUCAUGGUCAGUGGUCAUAUGCAAUGCCAGUAGUGACUUGGAGCAGUUGUAAUCUGGAUGUUGAUUCAUACAAGAGAUCCUUCUCACAAAUUGAUUCUUUGUCAGCUGAACCUACUGUUUCUCCAUCAAAAAAUAAUUCAUUGCCAGCUCUAUCAUAUGGAUCACAAGGCACUUGCACAACUGUUUCACCCCUUAAUCCUGUUUUGGCAGUGAAUUCUGAUUUUCUAGGCACCAAUGCACUUGACAAAAAUGAGAAUUCUUCUGUUUGUAAUCCUGAAGAAUUCUAUGGGCUAAAUGGUUGUAAGCCAUGUAGCCUAAAAAAGCCGCAUGUCCUCCUUAAUGGCAAAGGCAAAGCGGUCUGCCUAGAUCAAAGCUUGAUAGGAAAAGGUAAUGAAAGAAAAAGUGACAAGUCUAUCUCUGAUGAUGGUAUAGAUCCCUUGCUCGUGAUCAAAUCUGAGCUGCAACCUCAUGCGAUAAAAACUGGUGCUUCUGUUGAAAGUUCUUCUAAAAUACUGGAUGAGAAUGACUCUGAUGUGGAUUCACCCUGUUGGAAAGGUACCCAGGCUUGUCGAUCACCAUUUGGAGUUGCUGAACCUGUAUGUUCAAUAAAUCUUGAAAAGGAGUCUGAAACAAGAAACAGUUUGAAUCCUCUGGCACCUCAUUUUUUUCCUAGUAAUGCUAAAGGAAGCAUAGAUUACCAUGAAAAUGAAUGUCGUAGAAGUGAUUUCUCAUCUUUCAAGACAGGUGAAUCUUCAGCUGUUUAUUUAUCAUCAAGAAUGCUUAAAAAUAUGGAUUCUACCAAAGUGGGAUCUCAUCCUUCUGAAUUGAGUAAUGGAAUUGGUGCGCAAUGCUCUAAUGGUAUCUCUGAAGCGAAAAAGGAAUAUGCUUUAGUCAACUCGAGAAGUAGCUCUUUGAUCAAGUCUUCUCACGUGGUUCAGCCAUCUCUUGUGGAAGAUUACUUUACUUCUAAUGGGAAGCGUGUUAUUGGGGCAAAUGCUGAAGGCUCUUUGAAGGGAAUCGAGAAUGUUGUGUGUAGUGGUUUAACUAGCGUGCCUUUCCUUGCAAAGGAACAUGCCCUCAGUCCAACUUCUGGAGUUGCUCGUUUUACUGAUCUUAGUGAAAUGCAUCAGGAUGCAUGGACAAAUGCUGAAGGCUCUUUGAAGGGAAUCAAGGAUGUUGUGCAUACUGGUCAAACAAGGGUGCCAGUCCUUGCAAAGGAACAAGUCAGUCCAUCAUCUUCUGGAGUUGGUCUUCUUUCUGAUCUAACUGAAACACAUCAGGAUGUAUCUAAGUCUUUGUUUACUCCUCCUAAAAUAGAUGUUCCGAAAGUGAUUAAUGCAAUGCAUGAUCUGACAGAGUUGAUUGUACAAAACUGUUCAAAUGGUUUACACUCAUUGAAUGCUUACGAGCAUGACAUAAUUCAGCGUAUAAUCCAUAAGCUUUAUGUGUUUUCCUCAAAUAGGGUUGGACAAAGGAUUUCAAUGCCUGAGUCAACUCCAACAGGCACUCCAUACUGUCCUUUUAAGCCAACAGAACACUCCAAGUGCUCUGACGUGGAACUUAGACUAGCAUGGACAAAGACAAUGGCUGUUCCACUUGAGCCUGACUAUCAGAAUUACCAUGAGGCACAAAAGAGUUUUUAUACUGUGUUCACUGAGAAAGGGCUGGAUUCUUUUUCUUCAUGCAGUGAUGUAUGGGCCGAGAAGGGCAAUGACAUUAUCCAGGUAUCAUUAGUUUUCCGGAUGCUGACAGUUAUUAUAUUAGUACUUGAUGUCUUCUUUACCUUUCUUUUAUUUUUUUUCUCAUUUCUUUUUCUUGUGGGGCGAAGGGAAGACUUGAUGUUUAGAACUUGCGGUGAAACCAAACCCUUGCAUUCUUUAUCUCAGAUGCAGGUUAUUGCUGAUGGUCUGACAGAAAAACAUCAGUUUCAGGAAGAGAUGCAUCCAGAAGCUUUACUGUAUAGGAACUUAUGGCUUAAGGCAUUGCAUGCCCUGAAAUAUAAAAGUUAUGCCUUGAGCAUGAAGCAUGAUGGGAUGGAUGGAUGCAAAUCAAUCAAAAAAUAAGGUGUUAGGAAAGCUUUCCCAGAAUUACAAAAAGGUAGAGAGAGAAUGAUGGAGUUCCAUAAUGUUUCACCUCAGCCAAGCAUGGGUUAUAACUGCUAGAAGCCAAAGCUACAUAUUCUGCACCCAUAUAUAAGACUGGUGUUAGGGUUUUGUUUACAGAUGGCAUAGCUUACAUUAGGGAGUCGGUGUUUGUUUAAGAUGUAUGGAGUGUCAUAAGUCAUGCAUGGAUGGCGGAGACACCGUAGGCGGUAUGUUAGAAACACAGGGCUGAAGCCUCAUCUUGAAAAGUUUGUUUCUUCAGGAUCUUAAAGAUGGAGGUGACAACCCCCUGGCUGGAGAUCGAUCUUUUCAAUGACAAAAUUGGAGGCUGUUGUAAUUAUGAAAUGCAACACCAUUGUAUUUUUUGUUCAAUGGUGAAAAGAGUUUGACCCUCAGUUAAUAUGUUAUGCUUAUGUAACUGGUUAACUGUAAUGUGUGAAGAAUAAUUUGUCUUGGGUUUGAAUGCCACAAUAAAAUUGGGUGCAUCAAGUGGUUCUGCUA